GCAUCUUAGAAAUAACAACUUUAAAUCGCUCCAGUAAGAAGUCAACGGAAAACACUAACUACUCGCACGAAUGACAAAGUCGUCAUCUUAUCUACAAGUGACUGCGACCUCAGAUUUGCCAGAGUGCCUGUACUUACUUGAAGGAGGCGGUUGGUUCAACACUACGACCCUCUCUGCUCGGUGACACCGAUUAUGCGUAACCGACAACAGCAAGAGCCAGAUGCUCUUGCCAGUUGCCAAUUGCCGUAGCACUGCUGUCAGUGUCAGCCGAGGAGGAUGCUGUAGAGAUGAAGUGACGCUUCACAAAGAUAAUGAAGGUGGUAAACCUGAAGCAAGCCAUUCUGCAGGCUUGGAAGGAGCGCUGGAGUGACUACCAGUGGGCUGUUAAUAUCAAGAAGAACUUUCCAAAGGGAGCAACGUGGGAGUAUCUUAACCUCGCAGAAGCUUUAAUGGAACAGGCGUUGAUUGGUCCAUCUCCUAACCCACUUAUAUUGUCUUAUCUGAAAUAUGCCAUAAGUUCACAGAUGGUGUCUUAUUCGAGCGUGCUCGUACCCAUUAGCAAGUUUGAUGAUUUUUCAAGGGAUCUGUGCGUUAAGUCUCUCCUGGAGAUCAUGGACAUGUUUUGCCAUCGUCUCACCUGCCACGGGAAAGCCGAGGAAUGCAUCGGGCUGUGUCGCGCUCUGCUCGGGGUGGUGGUGUGGCUGCUGCAGGGCUGCGCUUUCUACUGCGAGAGGCUGAGGGAACCGGGUCCAUUGAGCGGCACCGAGGCCUGUCUGGCAGAGUGCCGGGAGAGGCUGCACAAACUCAUGAGCAGCACCAAGAACAGAGCCCUGGUGCACAUCGCUCGGCUGGAAGAUCAAGGGUCCUGGAGUAAUGUAGAGCAAGCUAUUCUUAAAGUGAGCGAUGGCCUCGGCUAUAUAUCUAACCCAACGUUGCGGACUCAAUUAGAGGAAAGCUUGUCACUGGUGAAAGGCAUCCCACAGAUGCUGUCUGUGCAGUGUGACCCACUGCUGCACGCCUCCUUCCCGUCAAUCCACGCAUUCAUCAUGCUCGAAGGGACCAUGAAUUUGACAGGGGAGACGCAGCCGAUGGUUGAGCAGCUGAUGAUGAUCAAGAGAAUGCAGAGAAUCCCGACUCCAUUCUUUGUGAUGGAGCUCUGGAAGGCUUGUUUUACCGGUCUCAUCGAGUCACCAGAGGGCACCGAGGAGCUCAAAUGGACUGCCUUCACAUUCCUCAAGAUUCCACAAGUUCUGCUCCGGCUGAAGAAGUACCCUCAGGGUGACAAAGGACAGGACUUUACGGAGGAUGUGAAUGUUGCCUUUCAGUACCUACUCAAACUGACACCACUGCUGGACAAAGCUGAUCAAAGAUGCAACUGUGACUGCCUGGGCAUGCUGCUACAGGAGUGUAACAAGCUCGGCCUACUGUCUGACUCAAACGCAGAGGUCCUCACAUCGAAACGGAAGUUCUCCCCAAAACUAAAAACCGCGGAAAAUGCAAAUAUCCAACCAAACCCUGGCCUCAUCCUCCGAGCUGAACCCACCGUGACCAAUAUUCUCAAGACAGUAGAUGCCGACCACUCCAAGUCUCCGGAGGGCCUUCUGGGCGUCCUUGGUCACAUGUUGUCCGGGAAGAGCUUGGAUCUGCUCCUGGCAGCUGCAGCUGCCACAGGGAAACUCAAGUCAUUUGCCCGCAAGUUCAUCAAGCUUAAUGAGUUUCCCAAGCACAUCAGUGGUGAAGGAUCUAAGUCUGCAUCCGUUCGGGCCCUGCUCUUCGACAUCUCCUUCCUGAUGCUUUGCCAUGUAGUGCAGACAUACGGCUCUGAGGUUGUCCUUUCUGACCCCAGCCCCUCAGGGGAGACACCCUUUUUUGAAACAUGGCUACAAACGUGUAUGCCUGAAGAGGGGAAGAUUCUGAACCCGGAUCACCCCUGCUUCAGGCCCGAGCCCGGGAAAGUAGAGAGUCUGGUGACCCUGCUGAACAAUUCCUCAGAGAUGAAGCUAGUUCAAGUGAAAUGGCAUGAAAUCUGCCUCAGCACCCCGGCGGCCAUUUUGGAAGUUCUGAACGCAUGGGAGAACGGCGUGCUGUCUGUGGAGGCAGUACAGAAGAUCACUGACAACAUCAAGGGCAAAGUGUGCAGUAUGGCGAUCUGCGCGGUGGCGUGGCUGGUGGCCCACGUCAGGAUGUUGGGGCGGGAUGAGAGGGAGAAGCCGCAGACCAUGAUCCGGCAGCUUGUCACCCCGCUCUAUGGCGAGAACACGCUACAGUUUUACAGCGAACGUGUGAUAAUAAUGAGCUCCAUCAUGGAGCACAUGUGUGCCGACGUCUUCCAACAAACGGCGGCGACUCUGCGGCCGCCCAUGGAGGGCCAGGAGCCCAUCCCCUAUCGCAACCUGUUACCGGCCAAGGAGCCCAUCCAGGCCGCCCUCACCAAGCAGUUCCAGGUGGUGCUGCGCAAAGGCUGGGUGGACAGCCGAGCGCUACAUCUGUUCCAGAGUCUGCUCAACAUGGGAGGCGUCUUCUGGUUCACCAAUAAUUUGGUCAAGGAGCUGCUCAAGGAAACCCGGCAGGAGUGGGCUCAUCGAGUAGUGGAGUUGCUUUACAGCAUCUUCUGUCUGGACAGUCACCAGAUCACCCUGACCUUGCUGGGCACCAUAGUGCCCAACCUGCUCACUGACUCAGCCCACUGGCACAGCCUGGUAGACCCACCUGGCAAAGCGCUGGCCAAGUUGUCCGUGUGGUGCGCACUUAGCUCCUACUCGUCCCACCACAAAGGCUCCUGCUCGGCUCAUCAACGAAGAAGACAGCGAGAAGAUAUCGAGGACUACAGCAGCCUCUUUCCUUUGGACGACACUCAACCCUCCAAACUAAUGCGCCUCCUCAGCUCCAAUGAGGAUGAGCCUGUUGCACUUUCCAGUCCAGGAGACCGAUCUAUGAGCAGCUCCCUGUCUGCCUCCCAGCUCCACACUGUCAACAUGAGAGAGCCACUCAACCGCAUCCUGGCCAACCUUUUCCUUCUCAUUUCCUCCAUCUUGGGCUCCAAGAUGGCGGGGCCUCACACCCAGUUUGUACAUAGCUUCAUGGAGGAGUGUGUUGAAUGCCUGGAGCAGGGAAGUCGUGGAAGCAUCCUGCAGUUCAUGCCUUUUACAAUGGUCUCUGAGCUGGUGAAGCUGCCCGCUCUGGCCAAACCCAAAGUGGUCCUGGCCGUCACCGACUUGACUCUGCCCCUGGGGAGGAGAGUGGCGGCUAAAGCUAUCGCUGCCUUGUAACCACUUGAGGUUCAUACACAAAACGUUAGGGAUAUUUGGCUUACAGUUGAAAUUUCACGAUAAGCCUAAAAAUGCUCUUUAACCUUUAUAGGUGACACUGUGACCCUCUAAGCUUAGUGGCCACUUCGAGGUACCGUUGAAGAAAUAUUAGUUGCCAUCUUAGUCUCAUUAUGUCAAAAUGUGAACAGAUGACGAGAACCGUUUAAUUGAAUAGCAAUUCUAAUUGAAGCAGUAUAUGUUAUUGGUAGAGAAGGUCAAAUUUAGUGCACUUGUUAAGGUUAAAGUGCAUUUUAGGAUCUUGGAGAAAAUUCAACCGAAACCUGAAUAUUCCUAACUUUUUGUGAGGAGUGUAUAUUUUGAAUUAGUGAGCAAAGCGAUCCAAUCAAUCUCAACAUGAUUUUUUUACACUUUGCUUUUAAAAUGUCAUUUGUGUGUUUGUAAACAUUUGCUACAUUUUGAUAUCCCAUCAAGAUUAAAAAAAACAAGAAAAAAAGUUUCUCAUCUGGUUCCUAAUGCCAUACAUUAUUGAAUGUUUGCAUCAUCUCGGAGUCAGGUGCAGGGUCACAUGUUUAGAGACGUCAGCACAUGACUGUGAGGGAGCCUUUUCAUCACCCCAAGUGACGUUUGCGGUCACCGGCAGUCAUCCAACCGCUUGCAACACUUCCUCUCGGAAGGCUGCAAGAGUCGUAAGGCACGAACCUCCUUCCCUGUUGUUCCCA